CUCUGAGCCCCAUCGGAGACUCGGAGUCGGGGGCGCCAGCGUCUCGCCUCGCCGUCAGCAGCAGCAGCAGCUGCACCUCCAUUCCACGGCUUCCGUCGUGCGCUUCGUCUGCACCCACAAAGGCGACGGCGACGGCAGGGGGAGGAGAUGAAGCUGAAGCAGCUGGAGGGCCUCUUGGGUGGCCUGACCCAGUUCUCCGACCCCAAGGUACUGCUGACUGCGCCACCGCCACCGCCCCCACCUCUUGGGUGGCCUUUCUUUCUUCCUUUCUCGUACCCUGCUCGAUUUCGCCUCGCCCAACCCCGACAAAAGGGAGGGGGAAAAGCGGAGGAGUAUCUGACUUUUGCCACCAAUGGCGUGUUUUUUUACAACGAGAUGGCGUUGUUGGGUGUAGCUGGAGCUGGAGCAGUAUGCGACGGGCCCUCACAUCGCGUCGCGGAUGCUCUACAUGGCAGAGAAUAGUUUCAAUGACAUAACUGGCAAAGUGGUAGCUGACUUCGGCUGUGGCUGUGGCACUCUGGCUGUGGCGAGUGCUUUACUGGAUGCUGAACAUGUUCUUGGUAUUGAUAUUGACCCACAGUCACUUGAACUUGCUCAAGAAAAUGCUGCUGAUCUGGAGCUGGACAUCGAUUUAGUUUGGUCUGACAUAAAGAACUUAAAUCUGAAAGGCGUCCAUGUUGAUACUGUUGUCAUGAAUCCUCCCUUUGGUACACGAAGGAAUGGAGCAGACAUGGAGUUCCUCUCUAUGGCCUUGCAGGUUGCUUCUCAAGCUGUCUAUUCUCUACACAAGACUUCCACUAGAGAACAUAUCAAGAAGGCAGCCUUGCGUGGCUUCAAUGCCAUCAGUGCGGAGGUUCUAUGCGAGCUGCGUUACAAUCUACCGCGGACGUACAAGUUGCACAAGAAAAAAGAGAUUGACAUUGCAGUCGAUCUGUGGCGCUUUGUUCCUAACGCCCAACGCCGCAGCUAGCGCGCUCGCUAUGGGCCGAGGGGCACAGGUGAUGGAGUGGAACUGAACAUGAAUGGAAAAUGAUCAAAUGGAUGUGUCUCAAAAGGCUGGACUUGAUCGAAGAGAUCCCAGGCGUCACGCUUGGUGUGCUUAUCGUCUUCUUGGUGCCCGUAAGGAUAGCUCAGAAUUUGGCGAACUGUGUAGAGUUUUGUCAUUUUGUGGGCACAGAUGAUGCUCCCAGUAGUGUGCACAAUGAAUGCUUUGUAUGUAUUGUGCUCUAUUGCCUGUGCUAACGCUACAGAAUAAAAUAUUUACAAUUAAUUUGGUGAUC